AUGUUUUGUUCUGCUUUUACUAAUGUGGUUUUAUUGUUUAUUUUGUUUCUUAAACAAGAUACCAAAGAUACAGAGGUCUCGGCUAUACCUCAGAACAGCCAGUUAACGUGGAAACAGGGCAGGCAACUCCUCAGACAAUAUCUUCAGGAAGUAGGUUAUACGGACACAAUACUGGAUGUCCGGUCGCAGAGAGUGCGGUCGUUACUGGGGCUAUCCGGCUCAGAGCAGAACGGUUCUGUGGAAACCAAGAACCUAGAGCAGAUUCUCAAUGGAGGAGAGUCUCCAGCCAAAAGAAAGGGACAAGACAUGAAAAGGAAUCCAGAGGUUCUGGAGACAUUUAAUUUUUUAGAAAAUGCUGACGAUAGUGAUGAAGAGGAAGAAGAUGAGGGCGACAUAAUGGAGGACGUGCCUGACAGGAGUGAUAAACGUAGAAUAAAAAAACAUAAAAUUAAGGUCGGAAAUGAAGGUUUGGCUUCAGACUUACCGGAUGACCCUGACACAGAGGAGGCACUCAAGGAGUUUGACUUUUUGGUAAACGCGGAGGAUGGAGAAGGUGCCGGAGAGGCUCGGAGUUCAGGAGACGGCACAGAGUGGGAUAUGCUGCCAGCCAAUAAGGACGCGUUCAGGAAGACAUGGAAUCCCAAAUAUACCCUGCGAAGCCACUUUGAUGGAGUGCGGGCCUUGGCCUUCCAUCCUGUGGAACCGGUGUUGGUCACCGUCUCAGAAGACCACACCCUCAAACUGUGGAACCUCCAGAAGACAGUUCCUGCCAAAAAAAGUGCCUCUUUUGAUGUGGAGCCCAUAUACACGUUUAGAGGGCAUAUUGGGCCUGUGCUCUCAUUGACUGUGACCUCGAGCGGUGAGCACUGUUUUAGUGGUGGAAUCGAUUCAACAAUACAGUGGUGGAACAUCCCCAGCUCUAACGUAGACCCUUACGACACAUAUGACCCCAGCGUGUUGGCUGGUACGUUGUUGGGUCACAGUGACGCAGUGUGGGGAUUGGCUUACAGUGGAAUCAAAGAGCGACUGCUCUCCUGUUCAGCUGAUGGGACGAUCAAGCUGUGGAACCCUCAGGGGAAGUCACCGUGUCUCAGCACAUUUAACUCAGAUAGAGAUCAUGGUGUUCCCACAUCAAUUGAUUUCAAUGGGUGUGAUCCAGCUCAUAUGGUGGCAUCCUACAACACGGGAGAUGUUGUCAUUUAUGAUCUAGAGACAUCACAGCCCGUCGUGGUAUUCUCCGCACAGGGCGAGAGCGCUAUUCCUUUUGGGAAUCACAUUAAUAAAGUAGUCAACCACCCCACCCUGCCAAUCACAGUCACCGCUCACGAGGAUAGACACAUCAAAUUCUUUGAUAAUAAAUCAGGUAAAGCCAUUCAUGCAAUGGUGGCUCACUUGGAUGCUGUUACUAGUCUGGCUAUAGAUCCAAAUGGCAUCUACUUGAUGUCAGGAAGUCAUGAUAGUUCCAUCCGCUUGUGGAACGUGGACAGCAAGACAUGCGUACAAGAGGUUACUGCGCACAGGAAAAAGUCGGACGAGGCCAUAUACGACGUUGCCUUCCACCCAUCUAAGGCAUACAUAGGAAGUGCUGGAGCCGAUGCCCUGGCCAAAGUGUUUGUAUAAAAGCACCUCUGAAUUAAUGCAUACGUAAAGACGGAGAAAGAAAGGACUGCUUCACUGCCUUGUGUAACAAGAGUAGCAUUUCUCACACUACAUUGAAGUGGCUUCCACCUACGCUGUCAAACUCACACCACACACACACACGAUACCAGGUGCCAAGAGGGGGACAUGCCGUUUUUUUUUGCGAAGCCAGUGUGGAGUGCUCAAUCAGUUUUAAUCUUUUUUUUUUGUUGUUUUCUUCAAAAAAAGAAAAAAUUUAACUGUAAUUUACUGUAAAUCAAAGCUGGAGUGAAACCAGUGUUUGUAGCCUUUUGACUGGUUUUCAAAAACUGAGCUGAUAAUGUGUCCUGUAGGUAUGUUUCAGUGACCAUGGAGUGGUUAUCAUGUUCAUCCAUCAGUAGGUUGUCACCGACCAUCAUCCCGGCACCAGAGGAACUGAGUCCCGCCCUGCCGAGCCAUAAACCAGACCCUAAUCUCAGUCACCCUCCUCACCCUAAUGUAGCGUGCAAGCGAAUACGGUUGAACUCAGUCAACCUUCACACCUUUAGCGUUUGUUUCAUUUUUUUGUGUAAAAAAAGUAUAGUUUUUAUAAUCAAUUUUAUAUAAAUAAAGACUGUCAUAAAACCGCUGGAAAUCACAUUUUUUAAAGGGACUAUAAUCCCACUCAAGCCCUCCAUUUUAUGUGGUUCUUCUUCUUGAAGGUCUUGUGUCUCUGGAAACCCUGGCUGAGUGCUCUCCUUGCGCAUACUACAUUGCUUUAACAUUGUUUUAUCACAUAACGGAGAGACUGUACGCUAGUAGAAGCACAUCGCGUGGUGCCCUGAGAGCUUUUAGGAAUUUACAAAUAAACUGCAGCAUCCUGUCACUAUGUGAUGUUUCUGUACACCUUACUGUAAAAGGAGUUUAAGUAUCACAGGUUAGAUAUCCGAACACUAUUUAUUUUCUGUUUGUGGAUAGUCUUAUCCUUCAGAGCAUAGCUUGAUGGUAACUCAAAGAUUGGGCGGUCGCUAACCAAACCGAACAGGUUAUCUGAUAGGAAAUUAACGUAUAUAGGUUAAUAUGAAAGCUCAUGCCGUUUCUUGGUUGGUUGAAAACGGGGUUUAAAUUCACCUCAUGAUGCUGGAGAUCAGGAGAGAAGCGAUAAGUUAAAGGGAUGGUUCAACCCAAAAUGAACAAAUUAUUUUCUCAUCAUGUCAUCAUUUACUCACCCUCAUGUCAUUACAGACCUGUAUAAUUGGAACAUAAAAGCUAUUUUGAGGAAUGAAAUGGAACUCAGUGGAAUGUUGGUUACCUUACAGGUUUGGAAUGAAAUGAAGGCGAGUAAUUGAUAGUUUUCAUUUUUUGGGAUUGGAGUAAUCAAUCAAAUGUAUUCGAAAUAUUUGGUUUUGACGUUUUGCCCCAAUCUGUUCAAUGAUUUUUAAAGGAAACAAUGCAGUUUAUGGUGUAACAAAAUACCUUUUUGUUUGUGUAAUGCAUGGUUAAUACUACAAUAAAGUAUUUUUUCUAGUCUUCCAAAAGUUCUGAUCAGUUUGAAGAGUUUUGUAAGGUUUUGAUUUACUACGAAUCAACAGAUUUUAAAGAUUGUACCACAUAGCAAAACAGCUGUUGAAAAGUAAUGUGUAUAUAAAAUGUCUAUAAUAAAUAUUAAAUGGUGUAUCUGUAUAUGCAACAUGCCCCUUGUCUCGACAAUUAAUGCAGCGUUGUAUUUAUCACGAUAUUUGAUUGACGGGUCAUUGAUGACGAAUGACGAUUGGCAGGAUUCACGCUUUUAAUAAAGAUGGUACGUGUUUUUACUGAGAUUGAACAAAGCGCCUACUACACAAAUUAAUACACGUGUUAUUUGAAUAUGUUCAAGUUUCUGAUGAUGAUCAGCCUGUUCAGAUGAGGAUUAUGUUCAGCUGGUCAAAUUGUACGAACGCCUUGUCCUUUAUUGAGAAGAAAGUAAUAAAUUAUAAACAAAUGUACAAGCAGUUUGACGCCCCUCCUCCCCUCUGUUUUCAUUACUUGAGACAGUAAAGCAUGCAUAUGGAAAGGUACACAGAAAAUAGGUUCGAUAAAUACAUUAAAGUAUAAUUUAAGAAAAGGAAAACAUGAUAUAGAAU